AUGCUCCGCCAUUCCGAUGUGUGGCACGCACUCGAUGCACUGGCGCAACGCCACGGGCUGAGCCCUUCGGGCCUGGCGCGCAAGGCGGGACUCGACCCCACGACCUUCAACAGGUCGAAGCGGGUGACGGCCGAGGGCAAGCGCCGUUGGCCGAGUACCGAAUCCAUCGCCAAGGCGCUGUCGGCGGUCGGCGCCUCGCCGGCGGAGUUCAUCGGGCUGAUCGGCGACGGCAGCGUGGACACCCUGGCCCCGCGACUGCCGGUCGUGCUCGCCUCCCGCGCGGCCGCGACGGAAGACCCGUCCUUUGACGAGACCGGACGGCCGGCCCCCAUGACCAGUCGCGAGAUGCUGUUCCCGCGUCUGGAGGACCCGCAUGCCUUCGCCCUGGAGAUGGAUGGGGACGGCUUGGCGCCGCUCUAUCCCCGCGGCACCCUGCUGAUCGUUUCGCCGGCGGCGUCCCUCGGCGAGGGCGACCGCGUCGUCGUGCGCACCCGGCAGCGGGGGCUGUGGGUCGGACUGCUGUUGCGCCAGACCCCCGAGGGCAUCGAGUUGCGCGCCUUCGACCAGGCCGCCGACCGGCACCGCCUGGCGCAGGAGGACGUGAUCUGGAUGUCGCGGAUUGUCUGGGCCAGCCAAUAG